AUGGGUGGCAGCGGAGGUCGCACCAUUGGAGGAGUCAUUUUCUUGCUGAAUAAUCUUUCAGUUCAAGAUUUUGACCCUGAAGAUGACUUCGCUGGGACCGUGCCCAAUCUUCCCUAUCGCCUUGAAAAUAUUGCUGCUACUCAUAUCUUGCCACUGGAACAAAUUUUAUUAAGUAGACUCAAUGCUGCUGGCUUUAUACACGCAAUCUAUGUAAAUUUUGGACCCAUGGGUUACUAUGAGCUCAACCCCAAUACGAGGCCAAUCACUCAACCUGCGACAUUUGAAGCACAACUGCGUGACUUGUUCCAAGCAGGAACAAUUUGUAAUCCAGACAACGAUGAAGUGAUUUGGCGGGUGAUAUCCAACUUGUCAAGCAUACUGUCCACUUUGCCUGCAAACAGUCAAAAAAUAGGUUGCUUGCAUGGAUCUGCUUCUCGUUCCCGAGGGUCCAUGAACUUUGGAGACUACAUCAGAUCUGCUUCUGAUGAACAAACUUAUGUGUUUGUGGUUGGUCAAAUUGACACUCGGAUUCAGGCCCAUAUUGAUGAUUUUGUGAAAGUUUCUGAUUAUGAUCUAGUUGCGAAUCACUGCUUGAGUAGGAUCAUCUCAGAAAUGGAGAUAAAAUGGAACCUUUCAUAA